CUCUCUCUCCCCCUUCACCGAACCCUUCCCCUCUCCCUCUUCCUCUACCUCUUCCUCAUCCUCUUCCUCUCCCUCUCGCUCGCCGCAUCGUCGUCGUCCUUCUCCUCCCACCUCUCCGCCGUCGCCUCCCGGAACCCUAGUUAGUACUGCCGCCUUUGGGAGGUGGAUCACCGCCGCCGGUGCCGGAGAAGCAACUUUGGCAAAUGAAGCACAUUCUGAAGAUUAUGGGAUUGCUAGCGGCAAUCUCUGCCAUUUGGAUUGGCCUACUAGAAACCUCUGUUGUCCCCCGUAGUUAUACUUGGUUGCUUCCAAUCUACUUAAUUGUGACGCUAGGUUGCUAUGGCCUUUUGAUGGUUGGAGUUGGAUUGAUGUUCUUUCCAACCUGCCCUCAAGAAGCUGUCCUGCUGCAGCAGGAUAUUGCAGAGGCCAGGGAAUUCUUGAUCGGGAAAGCGAUUGAUGUGGGCUCUGAUUGAAGUCAAAUUUGACCUAACUCUGGCGCCACUUUUCUAUGAAAUUGCCGCACCCAGUAAAGCGUCAGCAUGCGCAAUUUGUUUUGGUGGCAAUGCAUUCUAAGUUGCAGAUUAAUCAUCAGUGGCUGGUAAGUCUUCAGCAGCAGAGUUUAAGAUUUUCUCAGAGAUUUUGAUCUGUGAAAGAGCACCAAGAAAGUUCAGACUUAUACAGUAGGAAAAAGCAGAAAGCUAUUGGGCUGCAUGUUUGUUUUACGCCGAUAUAAAGAGCAGCUGUGGUAAAGAAUCUAAAGAAUGUGGUUAACCCAUGUCUUUGAGACUAUUCGCAGCAGAGAACAGACAUCUUCAUCCUUGUUGUUCUUUUCAAUGACACCAUUGCUAAUGAUUUGAGCCA